AUGGCAGACGAAGCCGCCCACCAGCGUCGUUCUUCGAAGACCAAAUAUUCCGAGCCCCGUCCACCUGAGGACACCCUCAGCAUUGAAGAAGGCAAACAAACUUCAGCAAACGGGGUACUGGAAGCUCUGGGUUACGAGCCUGAGCUCGUUCGAAACCGCUCCACGCUUCAGGUAACUUUCAUGUCCUUCGUACUCGCAGCGAUUCCAUACGGGUUGGCUACAACUUUCACCUACCCUCUUAUUGGGGGCGGUCCUGUCAAUAUAAUUUGGGGAUGGCUUGCCGUCUCUUUGAUUACGCUAUUCAAUCUUGGGAGUACUCUUUUUCUCGUUGCAUGUAUCAAUGUUUUCGAAUCUGCUCCAGGAGUGGGAAUAUUCCAAGCAGAAACAUACCAAGUUUUCCUUAUCUUUAUCGCCGUCACAGUUCUCGCUAACGCGAUAUCGGCCUUUGGAAAUAAAUGGCUGCCAUUACUUGACACAUUCGCAAUAUUCUGGACACUUGCAGGGCUGUUGGCUAUUGUAAUCUGUGUUCUUGCAAUUGCAAAAGGGGGUAGACGUGACGCCAAAUAUGUUUUCACUAGUUUUGAGCCCGUAUCUGGUUGGCCAGCAGGCUGGUCCUUCUGCGUCGGACUUUUGCAGGCAGCUUAUAGCACUUCCUCCACUGGCAUGGUGAUCUGUAUGUGUGAAGAAGUCCAGCAACCAUCGACACAAGUCCCAAAAGCAAUGGUUGGAACGGUCAUCCUAAACACCCUGGCCGGGUUUCUCUUCCUUGUUCCAUUGGUUUUUGUGCUCCCCGACACAAAGGCUUUAGCGGCUCUUGAGUCUGGUCAACCAAUUCCGACUAUAAUCCAGUCCGCUGUUGGAAGUCCAGUUGGAUCAUUCCUGCUUCUCCUGCCAUUGAUCGUACUCUCUCUGUUCUGUGUCAUAGGCUGUACUACAGCUGUCUCCCGAAGCACAUGGGCGUUUGCUCGUGAUGGGGGUAUACCAGGCUCAAUAUGGUGGAAGCAAGUGAACAAAGACGGGGUACCUUUUAAUGCUAUGAUGCUUGGCAUGGUUGUUCAAAUUUUGCUUGGAUUUAUUUACUUCGGAUCAACUACUGCAUUCAAUGCUUUCACUGGCGUCGGGGUUAUUACCUUGACUGUCAGUUAUGCUUGUCCAAUCGCUGUGUCUCUUGCUGGAGGUCGAAAACAGAUAAAGAACGGCCAAUUUGACCUUGGCACACUCGGGCUGGUUUGCAAUAUUAUAGCAUUGGGAUGGAGCAUUCUCGUCAUUCCAUUAUUUUGCAUGCCAUCUUCAAUUCCUGUGGCUGCAGAUACGGUCAAUUACGCACCAGUGGUGUUUGUUGCGUUUAUACUACUUGCUUCUGGAUGGUACUGGGUUUGGGGGUACGAGAACGGACCGAAGGGGAUACAGGCGAUUGGCGACAAACGCGGCGGGCGAAUUUCCACCUUGAAGAUCCAAACGACCUUUAUGAUACUAUUCUUCCGGCUUGGUCUAAGAUUUGUAUCAUCGUCGCAAAUUCUACCGAGAUUGAGAGAUGUUCACAAUGUCGACAAGCCUUCGCCGAUGCUUUUUAUAUGCCUCAUUUUUGGUGGUUAUAUCAUUUCCUUCAGGGAAAUGGCGGCUUUGGAUGUGAAAGAACGCAAAAUUCCGGAGUCACCACUGGUUUCAGUAGAAAUUAAUACCAAAUUCAAAUGGUAUCAACCAAGUAUCUUCACACGAUGGCUGCCAUCCACUAAUCAAACUGUGAUACUCGCCUUCGAUCUCGACCCGCCCAUCAAAGACCGCUUCCUGAUAGCAGCCAUGAAAUCGGAUGAGAGUUGGCUCAACGAUCCGUUCUGGGUCUAUCCAUGUUUAGUCGAGCAGAUUGCGCUUAUCCAGGAGCCCUCUGUAUGGGGUAUCCGGGACCAUGUCCGACUGAUGGAGACAGACGGGAAACCAGAAGGCAGACCACAACCUAACUACAGACGACUCCACGACAUCGCCCGACAUGCAAUCCACGUGAACGAGACACUUGAUGUUGCCUUGCAAAAUUUAGAGCACAUCCUAGUGCAGCACGAGAGCUAUACGAAUUCGAACCCAGAUAAUGCCUCUCCUGCUUCCGAAGACAUCCGUCUUCGUCUACGAUCUUGGCAGUCUUUCAUUGAGAACUUACGAUCUCGCUCCAUUUCAAAUGAAAAGAGACUGCAAAACGAGAUUCAGUUGGCCUUUAAUACCGUGGCUCAGCAUGAUGCCAGUGUGACUCUUGAAAUUGGUCGGGCAACCCAAUUGGAUAGUGCCACGAUGAAAACAAUCGCCUUUGUUACACUUACGUUCCUCCCUCCUACUUUCAUCUGUGCUAUCUUCAGCAUGUCAUUUUUUAAUUUUGGCGGGGACAAUGGCUGGACUAUGUCGAGCAAGUUCUGGAUUUAUUGGGUCUUCGCUAUACCAACCACUGCUUUUACAACUCUAGUGUGGACUUAUUGGCCGAAUAUCCGUCGUAUACUGUUCUCCAAAAAUGAAUAA